GUCGUUUGCCAUUCAUAUGUUUUUGUUUCGUUCAGAGACACCGAUAUCGACACCGACACACACCAGACCAGACCAACCAUCCAAACCAAAUCAUCCAACCCAUCGGCCGGCCGACACAGCCAUCGUCAGUUUCAUUAGUCUCAGUGUGUUCCAUUCUUGUGCUUCUUUGAUGGUAGGUUGGAUGGUUGCUUGCUUUGUUGGUUGGACGAUCCAAGCGAACAACAGACAGCAAGCGUUGUCCGCUGCGAAUGAAGUUGCCGUUUCGUUUAGUUUAUGUCGUGAGUUCAAACGGUUUGGAUGUUUAGCAACGGGGGCGCGCUACGCCAAUGCUAAGCUACUAUUUUCGACUCCUUGUUUGCAUAUCGUGUUUGUUAUCGUUACCGUCGUCGACGUCGUCUUCAACGUUGUACUAAUUCGCAUUGUUGUAAUUAUUUUGCUUAAUACGGUUUUUAAUUUUUUGUUCUCCAAAAAUUUAAUAAAAGAAAAAAAAAUAAAUUGAAGUAAAGCCUUUGCCCAAAACUCUUUUUGGAAUAAAUGUGUUGUGCGGGUCAAUUCCCGUCUACGUUUCCCAAGUGCAAAAUUAAAAGUGUAAAGUGAGUUUUGUUUUAUCGGUGAAGUGUUGUGCUAAAAGCCAAGUAAAUCCAUCACUCCAUAUCCAUCCAUCCGUUCGUCUAUCCAGUUCUAAAGUUAUAUUUCUGCACCCGGCCUGUUUUAAGUUCAAAAUUUACGAAUUGACAGCUGUCACCUGUGCCACACAAGAGUGCAAACGACUGAAGCUGAUCAAAAGAGUGUGGCGGCAUGCUGCGGUGGCAUGGAUCAUAAAUUGCUUUGCCUCCUCCUCUCCCCUCCCCUCUCUCCAUCCUACAACGAUUGCAUCUAUUGUUAGUUAGUUGUGCAGUAGUGCCUAUUUGCUUGACUGCCAGCCAGCCAGCCAGCCAUUUUGCCGGCUAGUUGUUUGUCUUUCAUUUAGAACACAAGUCUAGAGUCUUUCUCCCCAUCUCCCCAAAAAACAAAGUGAAGUUCUGUCUGUGCCACAGAGAGUGAGUGAAGAGAGAGUGUGUGUUGGUUUGCCUGGUACUUUAAGAUUUGGACUAUUACUCCAUUUGUACAACAACGAGAAGAACAACAAACAACUACUGAAUCGAGUUUUGUAUUUUGUUCUGAUUUAUUGUUGUUGCUGUUAGUUUUGUUUUAUGCCCAUUUCGCGUUGUUCAUACGCCGCCUUCUUUCAUAGUUUGGAGCACUGAGCGCGGACAUUCACACUUCUUUUUUCCACACGAAAAAAAAACAAUAAAUCGUGGGUAUCUCGUGUGUUUGAGAAGUCGUGUAUUAGGGGGGCCUGUGAGUGUGUGUGUAAUAAUGAAUAGUUGGUGUUCUUUGGCAUGUUUGUUUGUCCAUUUGUUUAUGCUGUAAUAAUGGCACACGGUUAUAAUGUACCAACAACAACACAGCAGCUCUCCCACUCUCUUUCUCUCCAUAACUGACCACUCACUUGAAUUCUCUAUUGAAAUAGGCAGCCCACUGUCAAAUAACUGCACAUUCAUACUGCAUUCUCCCUUCUUCUACUGCUCUUCUAAUGAGAAAACGUCAUUCCUUUAUUUGAUAGAGUCAAACUCGGUAAAAAAGAGAUCGUGAAAAGCAAGACAAUUGCGGAAGGAAAACAAAUAAUUGUUAGAAAAUAAAAGAAAUUGAAUGCAAAAGCCGGAUAAUAUGGAAAUUAAAAAAUAAAAACAAGAAACCAACAACAAAUAAAAACAAUAAUAUAACCAAAAAAUCAAAAUACAAAGAGCUUACCUUUGGCCGCAAAGCAAAAACCAAAAGUUGUUGUUAAUAACAAAUAUCUAGCGAAAACAACAAUAACAGCAAACAAAUGAAAUGAAAAGAUAAAAAAGAAGAAACAAAUCAAAACAAAGUGUUCUCUGAGUAGCCCAUUCAUUUGCUGUUCGUUCAAUUAAACAACAAAAUACUACAAAUUAAAAUUAAUUGUUUUUUUUUUACGUUUGUAACUUCAACCGCAAAAGAGAGUAAAAAAUAAAGAGGAAAAUAAGAGGAAGUACCUAUUCCCUAGCCAAUCUCAGCUGAUUUUUUUCUGUGUUUGUGCAAAAUAAAAGAAAAAAAGUGAAAAAGUGUGUAAGGAAGCAAAAAAAGAAAGCAAGCAACAGAAUCUGGUGCAUCGAAUUAAAAAAAGUGUUUCAAGAAAAAUCGUUUGAAGUUAAACAAGAACCAGAGGGGGAGAAAAACUCCUUUGUCAGGUGGUCGGUCAUCGUCAAUUGGAUUAAAUAAAUGUUGAUUUUCUGAUUAGAAAAAUUAGAAAUAAUUGAGAAAACAGAUAAUGGAAUAACGUCAUAAAUUCAAUCAAAAUCGAGAUUUCUGUGAUUUGCCGAAGACACAUAUGGAGGCAGUCAAGCCGGCAACCUACCCCAAAUCGAAACGCGCUGAGAGAGGCCACAUCUGAUGCUACUGAGGCUGCCCUGAGGGUAUAACACUUUCGGGAAAGGCAUUUAACACCAUUGCAUUUGUCAUCGAGAAUAUCAGCCACAGCAAUAAAAACAACGACAACAACAAAAGCAAAUUCUGUCAACCAUCAGAUUUCUAAUAAAUCAUUUAAAAGCGGUGGCGUUUUUGUUGGGCUUUCUUAACGCCAUCAUCACCAUCACCAGCGCCGCCAGAACUGCGCAGCAGAUUUUUUGAUUGAAAUUUGUAAAGAAAAAAAAAAAAAUUUAAACUAUUAAAGCAGAAUGCUUUGCAUGAUUUAUUGAGUCAAGGAGCCCCCAAUGGACUAUAGAAAAUAAAAGCAACAACAACAGUCAUAAAAGCUUUGUAUAUGGACUUCGGAAGAAAAAAAAAUUCUUAUGAAAGCAAAAAAUAUGAAAAAUUAAGCAACAAAAAGCAAUAAUAAUUCUAGAUUGUGAACAAAUGAAGAACUAAGUGCCUGGAAAUUUAAUUCUAUAACAGAUGAAAAGAGAGAAAAACAUAAAAAAGAAAAAAACUUAUGAAAAACUCAAAUCAAAUAAAGAAAAUCAUAACUUUUUCUCCCCUACACCCCAACACCCCCCCGACACUUGUUUAGAAAGUUAUGCCGCACAUAAUGGCCAUAAAUAGAUUUUAAAGAAGCCACGCUUGCCAAAAAAAAGAGAGAAAACAUAAAAAACACUAAAAGCCAAAAUAUUCUCAACAAUACCCGAAGGAUUUUCGCAGUCUCUUAAUUUUGUCCAUUUUGCAGCUACUCUCAAAAAAAAAUGUGGCCAUUGUUAAAUUGCCAACCAGCAAAAGGCCACAAAAGUUUACAACAAACACCCCAUUAUCGGAAAUUCACUUUAAAGCUCUAAAAAACUGAGAGAGAGAAGGACAACGAGAACAAAAAGGACAAUUUGACAAAUCAAGUCAGAAAGGUUCGGAAUCCACCUUCCUCCUCCACAAGAACACUAAAAUACCACAUUUCGGCUUACGGCCCAUUUUUAAGUUAACGAAAAAAUAACCAAAACAAAACUUUCGCCCAAGUUUCCGGUGUCAUCGACAUCAUUGACAACACUCAGCUCCGCCCGACUCCACCUCAACCCAACCCACAUUGACCCAUUGAAAUUUGUGACAAUAAUAAACCAGCUAGCCAAGCAGUUAUUGGGAGCAACCUGAAUAUUAAGGACAUCAACACUGCCAGCAAAACAUCUGCAGCAGCAACAACAAAUAGUAAUACUACUACAACACCAACAACAACAACAACUCGAAUAAUGUUGGCCGGCAUAAGAAAACGCUUAGCACGCAAACAACUUGGCAUCAAAGAAUGCGAAGACGAUGACAAAGAUGAUUUGCAUGCGAAUGCGUUCGCACCACCCACCAAUUAUAUUAAAAUAUCUCAAGGAAAGAUACAAUUAGUGCAUCAGCCACCGCCGCCCUCAUCGCCGGUGACGGCCGGGUAUCCAACGACACCAUCAUCGCCGUCUGGCGGCGGCCACCAGCAACAGCCAACCUCGGCUGGAAUGGUUAUGUCUUCAACGUUGUCCUCAACAGCUACCACGGCAACCCUAAAUGGUUAUCAUCGUACGACGUCAACGUCAUCGUGUAACGGCAGUGAAUCUCCCAGGGAAAAGGACAAUCUGCAACGUCGAAUUGCUGAUCUUGAGGCGGCAUUUUUGCGAUUAGAGCAAAAGAUUAAUAAAAGUCAAUGCGGGUCGCCAACAUUCGAAAAAGAACUGCGCCAGCAGCUUGAAAACAUGAGCCGUGUCAUGAAAUCGAAAGAGCGACGACAAUUGCAAACGUGUCGGGAUCACAAAGCAUUACAGACUCGUUUCGCUCGCCAGGAAAAUCUAUUGCACGCUCUGCAACAAGAAAACAAAGCUUUACUAACCCGAAUACGACAAUACGAACAUUGUCUGGACGAUGUAAUGCGGAAGGUUGUCGAUGCCAUUGUGGCUGAGGAUAAUCUACGCGAAGAAGUCGUUCUGCUCAAGAGUCGGGUACGUGAUUUAGAAGCUCAAAAUGCGGCACUCUCGGCCAGCCCUGCCAAGGGUCGUGACGAGGGCUAUUGUACGAUGAGCAGUGGCCAGCCACAGCCAUCGAAUGGCCACUUAGAAGAUUUACCCGAGGAGCCGGAACAAUGGUUGUUGCCCGCCGAACCAUGCUCAACGGAGAUGGAAGAUUGGAGUAUGUCGCAAGAGGAAUUGGCUGUGAUAACACUGGACGAAAGUCGCGAGCAACAGCAGCGAAGGCAGCUGUUGAAACUGAGCAGCAACAGUGUGAAUGGGGAGCACGAUUGGCUAUGGAACUCCAAUGAUUUACUUAAUUCGACAAUGGUGGAAACUGAUUCGGUCACGGACAAUAUAUCACAGCUGCUGCAGCAAAAGAUCAUAUAUUCCGAAGAUGAGGAGGUGACAUGCACCGAGUUCACCAAUGAUUUCUAUAAAUUGGUCAACAUACGUUCCAAUUCAGCCCGCAGUCUUUAUUCAUAUGUGGACGAAGAUACCGACGACGAAGAUGAUGACGAGGACGAGGAAGAAGAAACCGAAAAUGAUCUGGAGGAUGAUGGCAAUUCUAGUCUAUCGCCCAGUCAUAAACGUCUACGCUCCAAAGUUUUAAAAUCCCGCCAAUCACAGCCCAGCCCCACACCCAGCGAAGCUGGUCGGGCCCAAGUAACAAGUUGUUCCUCAAGCGAAACGGAUGAUUUCUCCCACUGCACUACCACCACAAAUUCCAUCCACACCGAAAUCCCACUACACACUCUGGAAGAGAACGACGAUGAUGACGACGACGACGAUUCGUCAUGUUGUGAGAUCCCCACAAAUGGUAAAGAAGAACAACACCAAGUGGAUCAUCAUCACCAAAGUGAUAUUGAAAUUGAAGAUGUCAUUCCAAUGGACAGUAAUCUACCGCCACCACCUCCAGCACUUUCGCCUCUAAAGAAUCACACCAACCAUCAGCGACUGAUAACCGAACAUAUGACGGAAAAGGAAUGCAUUGAACAGAUAAUUAAGACCGAACUAAGUCGCACACCCAAACGUCAUAAGCUAAUGAAAUCUCAAUCGACCAUUGAGGAACGAGAAACAUGUCACAUUCUGCGGAAUCAACAUUCACCACAGCAUCUCGCCCCCAGCCAGGUAGUGCGUAGCGGUAGUGUCAAUGGAAAUUUGGUGGCUAAAACGAAUAAAUAUCAGGAACGUCUUCAGAAUGCCAACAAUUCGUGGCGUCGCAGCAAUGGCUGGAAGCGUGUCAUGUCGCCGGCUCGUUCGCCCACCAUCGUUUCACCAAAAAAGGACAACAACAAAUCCAAUGAUGCAAAAAGUCCACCCAAAGUGAUACCAACUCGCAUACCAUCCUGUAUCUCGCCCUCGUCACUGCAUCAUUCCUCCAAUAAUCAGCAAACAAAAAUGCUUACCAAUAUUGCGGCAGCUGUGAACAGCAACAAUACAAGUUCUAAUCAAAAUUCUUCACAUCAAACGCCUGCAGUACGUAAAUCGAAAAUUCCUCCCCCUGUACCCGUAAGACGUUCCUAUGCUAGUUAAAUUAACAAAAAAAAUAUAAAAAAAAAUAAUUUACUAAACAAAAAAACAAGUCCAGCAUAGGUAACAAAAAUGUUUUUUAAAUAUGUUUUUUUGUAUAUAAAAACGAAGACAAAAACAAAAAAAUGUUAAGCAAACUAGAAUUACAAUAAAUCUACAAAUAAGGAUUUAGGUAUAAAUUACAAUUAUAAGAUUUAUAUAAAAAGACUAAUAUGUGAUAUACAUUUGAAAAAUAUUUUUUUAAAAACCCAUUACUUUAAAAUUGUAUAAGCCUAAAAGAGAAAAGAAGAAGAAGAAAAAAACGAAAAACACCAAUAACAAAAAAUGUAAUAGAGUUGUGUUACCCCCCUUUACCAUUGAAGCCUACUUUGCGUUGGGAGUAGAGGAAAUUUUCUCUACAAUGGGGGGUUUCUUUAGAUUUUAGUGUUUAUGGUAGAAGUUAGUUGGUAGAGGUGAAUUGUUAGUAGAACUAGAAAACCCCCUUUAAACAUACUAUUGAAUAUUUUC